UGAAAAUUUAACUUACGGUCACGUUUACGCUAAACACUCGUAUGCAACUAAAUAAUAAAAAUGAGUUUUUCAAUGUGAAAUUUAACGAAUUAAAUCAUAAAAAUAUUAUCAAAACAACAAGCAAGAAUCAUGCUAAACAUGUGUUGCAAAAUUUGAAAACCAGCAAAGCAGAAUAAACCAGCAGCAACAACAACAACGUUCAACAGCAGCGAGCUCACACAUACACAGAGCAGACUCACUCGCACACACGGCUAAGGAAUGAAUGUUAUGCGAAAGCUGCGGGGCGCUGCUAGCGCUGGCAGCGGCAGCGCAGUCAAUGCUACAGGCAGUGGCGGCAGCAAUACAAAUUCCAGUAAUAAUAGCAGCAACAACGCUAACGGACGUGGCGCCGCUGCUGCUUCUUCUAAUUCUGUUUCUGCUGAGGAUGCACUGCUCGAUGCACGCAUACAAAUGAGUCUGGCCACAUUAAAAAAGCUCUUCAACGAAUACACGCAUCCCAAGGAGCCGCUCAGUGAAACCGAACGCGAUGGCAAGCUCUAUGAAAUGCUGCCUCUCUUCUGCAAAGUGUUUAGCAGCUGCCCUGCCAAUGACAUGAGUGAAAAGUUCUGGGAUGUCGUCGCCUUUUGUCAGCAAGUGUCGCGCCUCAUGGUCAGCGAAAUCCGGAAACGCGCCUCUAAUCAAAGCACUGAGGCCGCCUCCAUAGCGAUUGUCAAGUUCCUGGAGGUAGAGACCACGGAGGAUACCAGCAGUGGCUGGCUGCUGCUAGCCACACUGAAUCUCUUGGCUAACGGCGAUGUUUCGCUUAUUCAGGUCAUGACAGCUGCAGCUGUGCCCUCGACGCUGGUCAAGUGUUUAUACUUGUUUUUCGAUCUGCCACCCGUGGAAGACGAUGAGCCACCGGCAGAUGGAGCCACUGUCAGUGACUUCAAUGCCCACGAGCGUCGCACUUUGUUGCAGAAAGUUUUUGUGCAGCUGCUGGUGAAACUCUGCUCGUAUCCGUAUCCGGCUGAGGAGCUGGCACGCAUGGAUGAUCUGACACUGUUAUUCUCGGCCAUCACCUCGCCCUGCCCCAUGCAGAACAUUGUGUGGCGCAAGAAUGCGGCUGAGAUUCUCACCACCAUCUCAAGACACGGUCUGACCGAUGCCGUUGUUACCUACAUACAUUCCAAGGGCUGCAUGGCGCUGUGCGUGGACAAUAUGCAACGUUUGACGUUCGGUAAUCCGCUGGAGAUAGUCGAAAUGUUUGUCACCGUCUUCUGCUUUCUCAAGGACUCUAGUCAAGUAUCCCAGAUACUAAUGGACGAUUUUCGUGCCUCCCAAGGCUACGUCUUUCUCAGCGACUUUUUGCUCAAAUUCGAUAAUGCGCGCAGUCAAACGCUGGAAAUUCAGGCGGCAAUACGCAACCUGGUGCUCAUGAUCUCAUCCCUCUGCAUGUGCGGUUUCUACGAGCUGCGUCCUCCUGCAGCACAAUUCAACACGGUCUUCAAGCUGCAGAACUUCCAGCUGCCACAGGCCAGCUCUCGGGAGACCUGUGUGCGCAAUGUCUACGCUUUCCAAGUGCUGCAGACAGUGUUUCUCAAGUCCACAACGCCUGCGUUGUGCUGCACCAUACUGGACGCCAUAUCGCGUGUAUAUCACUCAGAGAAUGCCAAUUACUUCAUACUCGAAUCAGAGCACACGUUGAGCACAUUUGCGGAACGCAUUCAUCAGAAAAGCCCACAGAUUCAGGAGAAGUUCUACGAUCUGCUCGAGUUCAUUGUGUUUCAAUUGAACUUUGUGCCCUGCAAGGAACUCAUCAGUCUAUCGUUACUGCUGAAGCACAACCAAUCCACAUCGUGCAGCAUUCUCUGUCUGAAGACGCUGCUCAACAUACUGCGACACAACAGCGUCUUCAAAGAUGUGUAUCGUGAGGUGGGCAUUCUCGAGAUCUUUGUCAGCUGCCUUAACCGUUAUGCGGAUCAUGUACGGCAAAUAACCAAUGGUGAUGAAUCGCUUGUUGUGCAGCCCGCCUCCGAGCAGGACCCGGCGGAUCUGCUUGACAUGCUGGGUAAGCAUGUACUGGAGGCGCUCACCAUGUUGCUUGGCGGCGGCGCCAGCAAUAAUGCGCAACUGUUUCGAGAAUACGGUGGCGCUAAGUGCAUUCAUGAGCUGGUCAAGUUCAAGCAUUGCCGUCCCCAGGCACUGGGCAUCGUCCGAGAGCUGAUACUCUCCGCUGGUGGUGACGAUGACAUGCUUUACAUUCUGUCGCUGAUGCACAGCAUCAGUCCGCAUCAGGUGGAGUUCAAGAUACAAAUACUGAACAUGCUGUUGGGCUGUCUCAAGGAUUCGCAUCGCACACGCACCGUUUUCCGCAAAGUAGGGGGCUUUGUCUAUUUGACCAGUGUUUUUGUAUCGCUGGACGGCAGCAUGGCACAGUCUCAACCUGGGAUUGCCCAACAGGAUCUCAUACUGCUGCUGCAAAUCGUCUGUCAAACGCUGGCGACCGCCAUGCGCUUUGAACCGGCGAAUGCCAAGUUUUUUCAUCAGGAGAUCUGCAACAGUUCGCUCUGCGAUACUUUGCGUCUACUCGGCUGCUUUGGCGGCGACACCACAUUACAGGAUUUCUCUGGCAGCUAUGAGCCACAACAGACGCUACUAAAAUACUAUCAUGAUGUUUUCAGUGGCGACAUUCUCAGCUUUAAUUUCUCCGACGAUAUUCCCAGCUCUUUGAGCUACAUUUGCGUGGUGUUCCGCCUGCUUUAUAGCAUCGCAUUGGACAACUUUGAGUCGCCUAAUCUGAGCGGUGUCAUCACGCUCUUCGUUGAUCCAGCGCCACAUACGCGCUCCCCCAGCAAAGAACUCGCUGCUCCCGUGCAUCCCAGCCAGCUGAAUCUCACCCAGCCGACGCCAGAGCCCCGCAUUGUGCAUCCCGGCGUCGUGCUCUGCAUGUUGCAGCUGCUGCCUGGGGUGCAAAACGAUGAGGCUCCACUCCAGGCCAUCCAGCUGCAAGUUUACCUCAGCGAGAUCAUCAAAUCGCUGGUGCGCAACGAACGCAAUCAGCAGAUCAUGUGCGAUCAUGGUCUGGCCGAACAGCUGCUACGUCUAACCCGACGUGCGCUGGCUGAGGAACUGCAUCCGCUGCACGUGCCCAUGCAGUACAUACUGGAGCGACUGGCCGCUCAGGCGCUGCAGCCCACCGAAUUGCGGCAAUUUCUACGUCUCGGCGAGCCGUUGUCCUGUGCCGACAUUGAUCUCCAGCAGCCCUAUCGUCAGGGUGGCCCAGUGCCUUUGACACGUAUUAAGACACUAGUAUCGAUGACAACACCGCGAGACUUUCGUGCACACGGCUCGAGCACUCUGCCACCUUUCGUUGAGCUAGACAUGUCGGCCGAGGGCUUUGGUUGCCUCUAUCUGCCAUCACUGGCACCGCAGGCCACAGCCACAGCUGGUGGCACCAUUGAUGCGAAUACCAUUGGCGGCAUUGGUGCGGGAGAUCGCAUCUUUCCGCCUCAAACUGGUCUCAGCUAUUCCACGUGGUUCUGUGUCGAGAAGUUCUCGGAUCCCAAGACGGAUCCGCAUUGUGUGCGACUAUUAACUUUGGUGCGCACCAUACACAAUCCGCGCGAGGAGAAUUUGGCUUGUUUAUCGAUUCUUCUCUCUGCUAGGGAUAAGGCUAUUGUGGUCUCCACACAGGAAACACUAGUGACGCCCAGGAAAAGCAUUGGCGAUUGGGAGCCGGAGGGUUCGGAUGAUGGUAUUGCACGCAUCUGGUGUCCAGAUUUGCUGCACGAGGGACAAUGGCACAAUUUAGUCGUGGUGCUCAAUCGUGCCGUGCUCAAGAACUCCAGUCUGUCACUCUAUUUAGAUGGCGUGCCCAUGCACACCCAAAAACUGCACUAUAUUGCCCAACAUCCGGGCGCAACAAGCGCCAAUCUCACCUCGGCGACACAGAUCUUUGGCUACAUUGGCACACCACCCAUUUGGCGUCGCUACUCGCGACUCUGUUGGAAGCAGGGUGUCUGCCAUCUGCUGGAAGAUGUGCUUACCCAACAGACGGUGCAAACAAUCUAUCAGCUGGGACCGCAUUACAUGGGAUCGUUGCAGGCGCCACAGCUAGGAAAACAGUCGGAGCCAUUGGCUCCUCUGGUGCCUGAAGAUCGUGUGCUGCUAGGACUCAAUGCCAAGGCUGUGUCCAAGCUGACACUGGUCAAGAUACGCAAGGUUUACAGUCGGGCAGACAACAAGAGUAUUGCCAAACAGCUGAACAUGAAUUCGCACGAGAAUGCCACGCCCAUCAAGAUUUUGCACAAUUCUGCGGGUCAUUUGGCCGGCGCAGGACGUUCGCUGGGCGGCGUUGUCGUCGGCUAUUUGGGAGUACGUGUUUUUAGUCCGCAUCCAGUCUCUGCGAUGAUUGACACUGUGGGCGGCUGCAAUGUGCUGCUUGGCAUCAUUGCCAUGGCCCAAGAUGUGGAAUCCCUUUACGCUGGCGUCAAGGCUUUAACUUGUGUGGUGCGCAGUAAUCGUGCUGCGCAAGCGGAGAUGGAUCGCAAGCGUUGUUAUCAAACACUGGGCAUGUUCUUCAAGAAAAAGAAACAUCUGCUCAACUCGCACAUUCUUCACUUGACCUUUGGCCUUGUGGGCACGGUGAACAGUGGCCAUGACAUGUCCGCAAUACCCAAUGUGACGGCUUUCCAAGAUUUGCUGUGUGAUCUCGAGAUUUGGCACAAUGCACCCAAUGGAUUGCUGCGCUCGCUGCUUGAGCAUUUGCUUGAGCUCGUAGUGGAGUCAAAUGAGAAGAAACAGAAUGUAAAGAUAAUGCGCGAUCUGCAGCUGCUCGUGAAACUGCUCCACAUCAUCACGCACAUUCAGGAUCAUUCCACGCGCGAGAUACUCUUCAAUCUGCUGGAGACGCUGCUGGGCGGACAACCUAGGCACACGGAUCUGUUGCUCUUCGGGCAAUAUGUGGCUGCCAAAUUACCACGUCUAGUCGAUGGCAAUGCAGAGCGAGCUGUGCUGUUGCCCAGCAUGAAACUGCCUAUUGAUGAUCAAGAGGGUCUUGCGCAGAAUAUUUACUUGCGCAAUCGCUGCCUCUCGCUACUGCAUGGAUUGCUCUUCACGCCUCGCAACACUGUGAACUAUGUUAUCUGUGACGACAUCUCCAAGACGCUGGGCAUGGAUUGGCUGCUGCUCUUCAUGCAGCCGCAUGUUCACUUCACGACGGUCAUAAUUGCUGUGCGCAUUCUUGUGGUGAUCUGCGCCAAUGAGAGUUUCCUGGUACGUUUCCGUGAUGCCACCCACAAUGGUGGCUAUCUACGCUUCACUGAGAUGGUUUCGCAGCGUAAGUUGCUUGGUCUAGGCGCCCAGCAGCUGAAUCAGCGGCCCACCAAUGGCACUGGCACCGUAAUCGUAGCCACACCACAAAAUACCAUACAACAUCUGCCCACACAAAUUGCAGGCGAGGUGCGCACUGCAGCAUUGAAUAUACCCGGUUUCCAACUACUCGAGUGGCUGAUGCAGCAUCAUUUAGAUGUGCCCGAGUUGUACUUCCUGGUCACCGCUUUGAUCAUGGGACAACCCGUUAAAGUGCUCGCCACAGAGCAUACGAAAUUCGACUUGGAUCGCGUCUGGUCUUUCCUUUGGGGCGCUCCUGUCUCGGCCAACACACAGCUACCCAAGCUUAACGUGUGUCCCGAGGGCGUCUGUGUGCUGCUGGCCAUGGUGCGUGCCAUAGUGCAUGCCGGAGAAUGCGCCUCGUGGCUGCAUAGUCAUCCGGAGACAAUCAUACAGCUGCUCUUCAGUCUCUAUCAAAAUCUCAAUGAUUUUACGCCCGUCAUGAUGGCUGGCGAUGUGGUCACCUCACUUGUGGCGGUGCUCUUUCCUCAGCAGGCUCGCAGCAGUGAGUCGGAGCCAAAUAGUGGCGCUUCCACGCCUACCGACGGCACUGGCGGCAGCUUUGUGCUACCGCCACCCGAGGCGCUACAUGCUGCUGUGGCCAAUCAACCCAAGCUGACAGCGCAUCCGGUGCGCAAGUGCAUCAUAGACUUUCUCCGUGUUAUUGUCGUUGACUCCCUAGGAUUAAAUAUGCACGGCAAGACGACGCCCGUCAUAGAUCUUGUACUGGAUGCUGCUCCAGAGUCAGCGGAGUUGCCACUGCAAGUGCAGUACCAGACGCAAAUCAUCAUUGCACUCAUGGAUCAUUUGCUCGCAGCGGAUGUGCUAGUGGGCGAGCAGGCUGCGCUGCCUUUGGUACCAUUGCUACAAAGUCACACGCAGCACAUUGCACCGAAUGUCUUCUAUCUGACAGCGCGCAUUGUGGACAAGUUGUGGCAAGGGUGCCUCACGCGCAAUCCUCACGAUAUAUUUGACUUUGUCAUCAAACUGAUUGCGCAGGCCAAACGACGUUCGUCGUCGCUAUCACUAGAACAGCUGCAUCAUUCGCUGAAUCGCAGUAUACUGUUUCUACUUUCACGUCCCACCGACGACUCGAUUGCCGAGCAGAUGAGCGUGCUGGAGGCGCUGCACAAAAUCAUACAGCAUCGUCUGCUCAUCUUUGGUGCUGGCAAUCAUGAGCUCGAGUUCAUUGGCUGUCUCACAUACUGUCUGCUGCAGCUAACCGCGGACAUGAAAAUUAUUCUGGAGCCAGCCACUAGUCGUAACACCACCUGGCAUGUAAAUCCGCAAACAGAGACCACCGAACCGAAGGACGAAGAUCUCAAUCAGCUGCAGGGUCGUAAUUUGAUUGUGGGUGCCGCCUUCCGAGUCUGGGAGGAGCUCUAUGUGUGCAAAAAGCCCGCCAUUGAGGAGGUCUUCAAGAUAUCGUUGACACCACCGCCCGCCAACUCAAAGGCGCCCGAUCUACAGACCACACGCGAGCAGGUGAUGGAGCUGGCCUCCAAACUGUGGUUUAAUUAUGUAGAAGCCGAACGCAAAGCCUCGUACCGUGUGCCCUGGGAGCUGCACAAUCAGAUACAGUCCAAGAUACAAAAGGUAACUGGUGGGCUUACCCGCUUAGCCAGUCGCACCAAGGUCAAGAAAGAUGAAGUGGUGCGCACCAAGUCGAACAUGAGUCGCGAGUCGGCCUACGAAUGCACUAGCAUUCAUGUGCAAUUGAUCAAGGAUCUGCUGGAGCUGCGCACGAAGCAAUAUCAGCAAAUGCUGCAGCAUACACAACGCUAUGUUUACCAGGAUUGGGUGCAAUCCGAAACAGAGCUGACGCGUGAACGCGGCCUCUGGGGACCUGGUGGCUGUUGUACGCUGGACAAAUGGAUACUGGACACCACCGAAGGACCGCAUCGCAUGCGCAAGAAGACAAUGCGUAACGAUGUCUUCUAUUUGCAUUAUCCCUAUCGACCUGAACUCGAGUUGGCCGACAAUCGACAGCUGAAGUACAAGGUGGCUAGCAGUCUAGACAGCAAGCUCUAUUUCCAGCAUGGGCAGCAACAGCCUAGGAUACUGGCAGAGGCCGAGCAACAUGCCAUACAACAGCAAUCCUCCCUGGAAACGAGCAGUCAUCCUCAUCGCUUGGAGGCCAGCAGUUCCACCUCAACACCGCCACCACCUGUGUCGCCUAAAUUACUGGCACACGGUGCGCCAUAUCCGCAGGAAUCACUAGACGGCAAUGCCGGAGAGGAUGACGAGGAGGAGGAAGAUACGUCGAUGACUAGCGACAACGAGACAUUCUUGCGUUUACUGGAAGAACAGGAAAAGAUCAGCUUCAUGUUUCGCUGUGCUCGUGUCCAGGGACUGGACACCUUUGAGGGUCUUUUGCUGUUCGGAAAGGAGCAUUGCUAUAUUGUUGAUGGUUUCACGCUUCUCAAGAACCGCGAGAUACGCGACAUUGACACCCUACCUCCAGGUGCCUAUGAGCCCAUCAUACCUAACUCAGGCGGCACCACAUCGUCCACAUCACGUGCUGUUAGCCACAAGCUGAGGCAGUGCUCAAAGUUCGCCUACGAAGAGAUUCGCGAGGUGCACAAGCGUCGCUAUCUGCUGCAGCCGAUUGCCCUAGAGGUAUUCUCCGAGGAUGGACGAAACUACUUGUUGAGUUUCCCGCGGAAGGUGCGCAACAAGGUGAACCAAAGAUUCCUGGCCCUCGCCACUGCUCUCAACGACAACGCGCAGCAAUCAGUGGCCGGACAGAAGCGCACAGCUAGCGUGGAGCAGACCUCGGGUCUUUUUAGUGGCCUCAUUGGCGAGACAUCGGUGACCCAGCGCUGGGUGCGUGGAGAAAUCUCCAAUUUCCAGUAUCUGAUGCAUUUGAAUACGCUCGCGGGACGCAGCUACAAUGAUCUCAUGCAGUAUCCGGUAUUUCCUUGGAUUCUCGCCGACUAUGAUUCGGAAGAGCUUGACUUUACCAACCCCAAGACAUUCCGCGACUUCUCACGUCCCAUGGGCGCCCAGGCGGACGAACGCUUGGAGCAGUUCCAGAAACGUUUUAAGGAGUGGGAUGAUCCGCAUGGUGAAACUCCACCGUAUCACUAUGGCACCCAUUAUAGUUCGGCCAUGAUAGUGUGCUCGUAUCUGGUGCGAUUGGAGCCCUUCUCCCAACCGUUUCUCAAACUUCAAGGUGGUCAUUUUGAUCUUGCCGAUCGCAUGUUCCACAGCAUUAAAGAGGCUUGGCUGUCGGCAUCCAAGCUGAACAUGGCUGAUGUCAAGGAGCUGAUACCAGAGUUCUUCUAUCUGCCCGAAUUCCUCAGUAACUUUAAUAACUUUGAUCUGGGCACCAAGCAAAAUGGUGAAACGUUGAAUCAUGUUAUUCUCCCGCCGUGGGCCAAGCAGGAUCCCAGAGAAUUCAUACGACUGCAUCGAAGUGCUCUCGAGUGCGAUCACGUUAGUCAGCAUUUGCAUUUGUGGAUCGAUUUGAUCUUCGGCUGCAAGCAGCAAGGGCCCGCCGCCGUAGAUGCUGUCAAUGUAUUCCAUCAUCUCUUCUACGAAGGCAAUGUGGACAUUUACAACAUUGAUGAUCCGCUUAAGAAAAAUGCAACAAUUGGAUUUAUCAAUAAUUUUGGUCAAAUACCCAAGCAGCUGUUUAGAAAGGCGCAUCCGGCCAAGAAAAUGGGCAAUUCACGGCACUCGGCUCUGAUUGAUCCGACAGCCUUGAUACAGGGCAACAGCACUGUGUUGCAAACAGAUCGUCUAUUUUUCCAUAAUCUCGACAAUCUGAAGCCCAGUCUGCAACCCAUCAAAGAGCUUAAAGGGCCAGUGGGUCAAAUAUUGCAGCCAGACAAAACAGUGUUUGCUGUGGAGCAAAACAAGGUGAUGAUGCCGCCAUCGUAUACCAAAUAUAUUGCCUGGGGAUUCGCUGAUCACUCACUGCGUGUGGGUCUCUACGAUACGGAUCGAGCAUCCUUUGUGUCCGAGGCUGCAGCACAGAACUCUGGCGAGAUUCUGACUUGUGCCUGUCCGAAUGCUAAGAUGAUUGUCACUGCCGGCACCAGCUCUGUGGUGACCAUUUGGAAGUUUGACGCGAAUCGCAAGAGUCUCAGCGUCAGACAUUCUUUGCAUGGACACACGGAUGCCGUCACUUGCCUGGCUGCCAGCGCAGCUUAUAAUGUCGUUGUCUCUGGCUCUCGAGAUGGCACUGCGAUUGUCUGGGACAUGUCGCGGUUCACAUUCGUGCGUCAGCUGCGUGGUCAUGCGGGUGUUGUGGCUGCCGUGGCCAUUAAUGAGCUGACUGGUGAAAUUGCCACCUGUUCUGCAACUUGGCUACAUGUGUGGUCCAUAAAUGGUGACGCCUUGGCGAUGGUCAAUACUUGCGUGGGCAGCGCUGAUCGCAUGCAGCAAAUUCUUUGUGUUGCCUUCUCACAGAUCCGUGAAUGGGAUCAGCAAAAUGUGGUCAUGACAGGUUCCACUGAUGGCGUAGUCAGGAUGUGGUCUCUGGAGCAUACCCAAGUGCCCAUUGAUCGUAAACUUAAACGCGGCGUGGAAGUCACCUCGCAGGACAAACCCGACUCGGUAUCUGUAGACGACAAUAAGGCUGAUAAAAUGAGCAUUUUCAAACAAAUGAAGAGCCUUUCGCAGCCGGAACCAGAGCAUGAAAUUGUAAAAUCUGCUUCGGAGAGCAGCAUCUCGGAGGCAUCACAGCAUAGCAACGAAUCCAGUAAAUCCGCAGACGCGAAUGCCAAACCGGAACCUUCAGGCGAGCGUCGAAAGAGCUCCAUUACAGGCGCUAAGUCGCUGCAUGAGAUGAAAUCAGCUACGGUAGAAGCACCAGGUUGCAGCACAGAUCAAAGAGCAGCUGAUGAGGAGCACAGUAUUCGACCUAGUAAAUCGGACACCAGUUUGACGGAUGGCUUCGUCAUGUUGGACAAUGACAGACAUCAAGGCGAACAGGCGCUUAGAAAAGGCUUCAAAUGGCAACGUCAAUUAAUGUUCAGAUCAAAGCUAACCAUGCAUACGGCUUAUGACCGCAAAGAUAACGCCGAACCGGCUAGCAUAACAGCGCUUACGGUAUCCAAAGACCAUAAAAUACUAUAUGUUGGUGAUGCACGUGGUCGCAUUUUCUCCUGGAGCGUAACCGAGCAACCUGGUCGUGGAGUUGCAGAUCAUUGGCUCAAGGAUGAGGGUGCCGAUCAAUGUGUCAAAUGUCAUGUGAAGUUCACUCUUUAUGAGCGUAAACAUCAUUGCCGUAACUGUGGUCAGGUCUUUUGCAACAAGUGCAGUCGCUUUGAAUCGGAAAUUUCGCGUCUGCGAAUUCUGAAACCAGUUCGGGUUUGCCAGGCCUGCUAUAGCCAGUUGCGCACGAAUUCCCUUGACAAUUAAAUGUGUCAUUUGGAACGUGAGGUGUAACUUCGAUUAGAUAACAAAUUGUAAUAAUUGCGUUUACUACUUUCUUAAAAAAAGACGUCAAGGCAUUAAUCGAAAUACUACUUAUUUAUUCUAUAUUUGUAUACGUAUUUAUUUAUAUUAAUUUUAACCAAAAAAUUGUUUUUUGCGCUAAGAACAACCAAAGGCUGUUAUUGUAUGAUUUUAUAUACAUUUUAAAUUUAUUUAUUGAAAAAACAAA